CCCAGCUUGUAGUAAUCGCAACCGUCGUCACAAACGCAACAACCUCGCAUGUGUAGAGUCACCUUCUCCCUGUCAGAAUCUCGUUAUUCACUUCCCAACGUGGUCAAUCACUACAUCUGACACAACUGGCUCGUUUUCCUCAUUUCUCACCUUCUCAGACUCACCCAAUCCUCCCAUUAUUUAAAGCCUACUCGGCCUGCCCAUUCCCUCCCAUCCCACCAUUUUCGUCCUGCAGACCAACCCGCAACCCUCUGCUUGAUAUUUCAACUACUCCAUCCCCAGCCUAGACAUUACACAUCACAUAUAAACCAUCAAAUCGAUUUCAACAUGUCGGCCAAAGCGCAAUUGUACCUGCAGAGCUCCGAUGGGGAAGAUAUCCCAGUUGAUCGUGACGUUGCCGAGAGGUCAGUCUUGAUCAAGAACAUGGUGGGCGAUCUGGGAGAAGAAGGGAUCACAGAGGCCAUUCCAAUUCCCAACGUGAACGCUGCAGUCCUCAAAAAAGUCAUCAACUGGUGCGAGCAUCACAAGCACGACCCCCCCUCCACCAACGAGGAUGACUCCGAAUCGCGCAAAAAGACCACCGACAUUGAAGAAUGGGACCAAAAGUUCAUGCAGGUGGAUCAAGAGAUGCUCUUUGAAAUCAUUCUCGCCGCCAACUACCUCGACAUCAAACCUCUUCUGGAUGUUGGAUGCAAGACAGUGGCCAACAUGAUCAAAGGCAAGUCUCCAGAGGAGAUUCGCAAGACCUUCAACAUUCAGAAUGACUUCACUCCCGAGGAGGAAGAUCAGAUCCGUCGUGAAAAUGAAUGGGCUGAGGAUCGAUGAACCAUCGAGAGCUGCAUGCCAAUCUCAUAUGCAGGCGUUGUGCCAUUUAGGGAAUAUUCAUCCGGGGGAGUUUGGGGUGGAGUGGUGAUCAAUGACUUUGACGAAAUCCUGAUCUGGGCAUUGCUGCUAUGGUAUUCCCCUACCACUGUCAUUUCGGUCCUCUGACCAUCUCACCAACGCAACUUCGUCUCCCACGAGGUUGCCUACAUAGUGGUCAGAAUGUGGGGGCUCUACUCCUACCCUAGUUCAUGGGUCAAUAGUACUACAAGCAAGCACUUGGUUAUAUCCUGAGCGAUUAACACGUGAGAUCUAAACUGGAUAAACACCAGCCCCAUUCUCGUACCAAUCGACCUUUCGAAUAUUCGAAGACUAGACAAGUGAUUUGCGGGCGCAAUGUUUAAUUUGAUUCAUUGAUCUUAGUUUUAGACAAACCAGAUAAGUUGGUUAUGCC